GGCGUUUAACAGAGGCCUUUGCCCGGGUUUUUAGAACAGUCGGUGUAAGCAUACGAUUCGAUCGACCAUGAGUGGGCCUUUCAAAAGAAGACCAUCCCUUAAAACCAUACCAAAUGUAGGGAUAAUACAUCCAUCAGCCGCCCUAAGAAGAAAGUCAUCAGUAACAUUAGCACCAGUACCCGCUUCUCAACAAGAAGUACCAUGGGAUGUACUUGAUCGUUGUUUUAUGCCCAUAGUAUUUUGUCAUGCGGCCGCUAUUGUUUUAAGUACAUUACUUAACGUGUUAAACAUAUCGCAAGUGUCCACGUUAACGUUAUUUAUUUGGUUUUCGAUAACUACUAUAGCGGCUGUGCUCUUUUAUCACAAUCUUAAGAUCACUGUUGCGGGAAAAGCUAUUCUCGUAACUGGAUGUGAUUCCCGAAUUGGCAGUACCCUCGCCCGACAUCUUGACGAACAGGGAUUUACAGUUUUCGCCGGUUUCCAGGAUUUAGCAAAUAGUCCCCAUGCUGAUGAACUGAAGGAAGAAUGCUCAGGGCGGUUGCACGUUUUGCAGCUAGAUGUCUCUUCUGAAACUGAAAUCCUGGCAGCAUCCCUCUAUGCUGUGGAACAUUUGCCCGACGGGGCUCCAGGACUUUGGGCUGUUAUUCAUGCGGCUUCGUGGGUGGCACUUGGCGAAAUCGAGUGGAUACCUCCCCAGGUUAUCAAAAAAGCAACUGAUAUUAACCUACUAGGACCCACUCGAGUUAAUCAAAUAAUGCUCCCACUGAUCCGCCGCGCUCGUGGUCGUAUCAUCAUGUUAACAUCUGGUUUAUGCAAAGUGGCGACUCCGGUUAGAGGUAUUCAUUGCGCCAUCCUUGCCGCCCUCGAAUCACAGGCUGAGUGUCUCAGAAAGGAAUUGAGACCUCGUGGCGUGGAUGUAGUUGUGGUGGCCGCUGGAGAAUACACCUCGGGCAAUUCAUGGCUCUCCGAUGAAACUAUUGUUGAACAGGCCAAGGAAAUGUGGGCGCAGCUUUGCUCAGAACAACGGACCAGUUACGGCAAGGAUUACUUUGAAACUGCCAUCAGAAGUUUGGAAAAAUAUACGAAACCUCAGGAAGCUGACCUAUCAUCUGUUCUGAAAGCUCUAAAUGAUGCAGUAAUCCGUACGUUCCCACUUCCAAGAUACACACCUGUUUCUAGAAAAGAAAAGUUACAAGCAUUUAUAGCGGACCAUUUGCCCCGUGCAGUAUACGACGUUAUCUACUCCUAAGUAUGAACGAACAUUUAGAGUGUUAACAUAAAUUAUUCUUUGUUUCUCGAUUAUUGUGUGUGACGAUAGAUUUAGUUGUCAUAAAAUGUAUCUAAUUAGGAUUAUAAUAAAAUAGUAUUUUGAUUAAAAUAUUUAGAUAAAUUUGAGUUACUUAUA